UUCCGCUAGGAGGCACACCACUAAAUUGCGAAUCGAAACUAGAAUUUCGUACGGAGCGGAUGCUGUUCACAUGAAUACAUUUUAUCGUUUGGUUACAAUGCCAUUCUAUGCAGUUCGAAGGGGCAAGAUGCCCGGUAUAUAUAAGACGUGGGAUGAAUGUAAGGCACAAGUCAAUGGAUUCCCAAAGGCUCGGUACAAGAAGUUUAGUACUGAAUCAGAGGCCAAUGAUUUUGUAAAUGAUACAACUGCUGAUAAUGGAAGUUCCUCAUUUGCUGGAGGAUAUUCUCAGCAACAGAAAAAGUAUCCAAGUCACACAGCCACAGCCUCCAACCACAUGAGUCACACAUCUGCACCCUUUAGCCACCGACAACCAAUGCAGAAAGUUCCCUCAACAAGUAACAGCGAAAGCUUUAAUGACACAGACUUCGACGGAGAAAUGAAAAAUGUAUACAAGAUUGAGUACACAAAAACUGUUCACAUCCAACCUCCAGUGUCAAGGGGGUCAUAUCCGAGGUCACGGGGUACAGAGUCAAGGUCACGUGGUGCACAGUCAAUGUCACGUGGUGCACAGUCAAUGUCUCGUGGUGCACAGUCAAGACCACGUGGUGCACAGUCAACAUCACGUGGUGCACAGUCAAGGCCACGUGGUGCACAGUCAAGGUCAAAGAAUAGGUGGUCAAGGACACAACAGAGAACAAACAGAAACGAGAACAGUACAGGUCAAGGCAAUGACAUAGUAGUAUAUACAGAUGGUGGUUGCUAUAACAACGGUCAGAGAGGUGCCCAGGCUGGUAUAGGAGUGUACUGGGGGCCAAGUGACCCAAGGAAUGUGAGUGAACGGUUAUCAGGAAGGCAAACAAACAAUAGAGCAGAAAUACAUGCAGCCUGUCGAGCCAUAGAGCAGGCCAAGGCACAAGGCUUUCAGGAGAUCACUAUUAAAACUGAUAGUCAAUUCCUCAUUAGUGCUGCUACACAAUGGAUAUCAGGAUGGCAGAGGAAAAAUUGGACACUCUCUGAUGGUGGCCCUGUCAAAAACAAAGAUGAUUUUAUCCACUUGAAUCGGGUGUCUGAGGGGAUGAAUGUAAAAUGGAUCCAUGUACGGGGACAUACGGGUAUCGCUGGAAAUGAGGCGGCUGACAGACUUGCUAAUGAAGGAGCUCUUAAACCUCUACCUUGACCUCUGCUGCACUUAUAUAUAUAUAAUGAUUGUGAUGUAUCAACUGAUGAUCUGAAGAUGUUGGUGUUGACAGGAAAGAUCUAAUUGUCUGUGUGGAUGGUGUUUAAAGGAAAGAUCUAAUUGUCUGUGUGGAUGGUGUUGAGAGGAAAGAUCUUAUUGUCUGUGUGGAUGGUGUUGAAAGGAAAGAUCUAAUUGUCUGUGUGGAUGGUGUUGACAGGAAAGCUCUUAUUGUCUGUGUGGAUGGUGUUGACAGGAAAGAUCUAAUUGUCUUUGUGGAUGGUGUUGACAGGAAAGAUCUAAUUGUCUUUGUGGAUGGUUUUUAAAGGAAAGAUCUUGGUUUUUAAAGGAAAGAUCUAAUUGUCUGUGUGGAUGGUGUUGACCUAAAAGAUCUAAUUGUCUGUGUGGAUGGUGUUGAGAGGAAAGAUCUUAUUGUCUGUGUGGAUGGUGUUGACAGGAAAGAUCUUAUUGCCUUUGUGGAUGGUGUUGACAGGAAAGAUCUUAUUGUCUUUGUGGAUGGUGUUGACAGGAAAGAUCUUAUUGUCUUUGUGGAUGGUGUUGACAGGAAAGAUCUUAUUGUCAGUGUUGGUGUUAACUUGAAAGAUCUUUUUGUCUGUGUUUGAUGGUUUUGACUCAAAUAUCUUAUUGUCUGUGUGGAUGGUGUUGGGAGGAAAGAUCUUAAUGGCUGUGUUAAGAGGAAAGAUCUUAUUAUCUGUGUUGACUUUAAGGUCUUUCUGUUUGUGUUUGAUAGGUUUGACUCAAAGACCGUAUUGCCAGUGUUGUGUACCGAGUAUUGUGCCAACAUACUAACCCCUAUCAGAUUUCAAUGCGACCAUCUGGAGCAAGGUGGCAUUUUACAGCAUGGCUGACCAAGAUAAUGUCCAAUGGUUUAAUUUAUUGCUGUAGUUAUCUGAUUCUGUGAUUUUAUUAGCAGUAUAGCCAGCAUCAUUGUAUACUUACAUCAUUAGUGUGAUGUGAUAUGAUAAAGAGAAUAUUUGAAAAUGGUGCUAUCAUUGAAGUAAAACUUGGAUAUGUCAGAUUCUGAAAACUGCCUGUCUUCCUUUAAUGAAAAAUAUAUAUUUAUUUGUGACUUGUUAUUUCAAAACACUCCAGAAAGAGUCAGUCAUUCGGGUUAUGUUUUUGUUGUACCAUUUUGUACUGAUCAUUUCGAUUACCUUUGAAGUUCGGAAUUAAACCAGAUAAUAAUUUGAUAUCAAAAAUUUAGACAGAAUCUAAAAUCAUUUGUUUCAGUAUUGUCUGUCAAAUUAUCCUUGAAUUCUGUUUGGAGUGAGAAGGAAUGCUCUGAUUAUCAGAAACUUUGAACAAAUAAUCACAGUAUUUAUGAUGCCAGUGGCAAUCUGGAGGUCGGUACAGGGAAUAGUUUCCUUAGUGAUGUCGAUGCAGAUGACACAUCAGCAUCUGUGCAACCCCAUUUGCAUUGUUUAAAAUUUGUUGGUAAAUAAAUAUGAAAUAUUUUUCUAU